ACUUGGAUGGUUUCAGUUUUGUUAAACGCUGUCUGUGUUGUUUAGUUUCCUAGAAAUAUGGAUUCAUCUCUCUCUUUCACUUGUAACACGUUUUCUCCUGUAUUUAAUGGAUUCAGUUCUCUGAAAUUGCUUCUGGGAUUUUAAGUUUCGCCGGUGAGUUUUAGUUCAAGUUCGUUUUCCAGUUUUAGUAGCGGAUCUCCGAGGAAAGGUAUUUUGAUGGCGUCGUCUACUGAGAACUUCAAACCGAAGAUCGUCAAUGGCCCUGCUGGUUAUGUUCUUGAAGAUGUUCCUCAUUUAUCUGAUUAUAUUCCUGAUCUUCCUACAUAUGGCAAUCCCCUGCAAGACAAUCCUGCGUACUCGGUUGUUAAGUAAGUUGAUGAUUCCGGUAUAUAAAUUAUAUUUGCCCCUUUGGGGUUUUAUUAUUUCUCAGGUAACUGGAUCAAUUGUUCAUUUUGCCAGGCAGUAUUUUGUUCAUGUGGAUGACACCGUCCCACAAAAGGUUGUUGUUCAUAAGGAUUCUCCAAGAGGAAUUCAUUUCCGGCGAGCUGGACCUCGUCAAAAGGUGUAUUUUGAGUCUGAUGAAGUUCAUGCUUGUAUUGUGACCUGUGGUGGUCUAUGCCCUGGACUAAACACAGUGAUCAGAGAAAUAGUGUGUGGCCUCUACCAUAUGUAUGGGGUAAAGAAAGUGCUGGGAAUAGAUGGAGGAUACAGAGGCUUCUAUGCUAAGAAUACAGUUCCUCUAACCCCCAAGGUUGUGAAUGACAUCCAUAAACGAGGUGGAACUAUUCUUGGCACUUCAAGAGGUGGAUAUGAUACCUCCAAGAUAGUCGACAGCAUUCAGGAUAGAGGAAUCAAUCAGGUUUACAUAAUUGGAGGAGAUGGUACCCAGAAAGGAGCGUCUGUUAUAUAUGAGGAAGUCAGAAAACGUGGUCUCAAAGUUGUAGUUGCUGGGAUCCCCAAAACCAUUGAUAAUGACAUUCCGGUUAUUGACAGGUCUUUUGGCUUUGACACUGCUGUUGAGGAAGCUCAACGUGCUAUUAAUGCAGCACAUGUUGAAGCUGAAAGUAUUGAGAACGGUAUUGGAGUUGUGAAGUUGAUGGGUCGCUAUAGUGGGUUUAUUGCAAUGUAUGCUACUCUUGCAAGCCGCGAUGUAGACUGUUGCUUAAUUCCUGAGUCACCCUUUUAUCUUGAAGGGGAGGGUGGACUUUUUGAAUUUAUCCAGAAACGACUCAAAGAAAGUGGACACAUGGUUAUUGUGAUAGCUGAAGGUGCAGGACAAGACUUGGUUGCUGAGAGCAUCAAUUCAAUGUCCCAGCAGGAUGCUUCAGGAAACAAACUUCUCGAAGAUGUUGGGCUGUGGAUAUCACAUAAAAUCAAGGAUCAUUUUUCAAAGCACAAUAAGAUGGCCAUAAACCUUAAAUAUAUUGAUCCUACUUACAUGAUUCGUGCAAUUCCAAGUAACGCAGCCGAUAAUGUUUACUGCACACUUCUUGCUCAAAGUGUUGUACAUGGAGCCAUGGCUGGGUAUACUGGCUAUACCAGCGGUCUUGUGAAUGGCAGGCAAACUUAUAUACCCUUCUAUCGAAUCAAUGAAAAACAGAAUAAGGUGGUGAUUACAGAUAGGAUGUGGGCAAGACUACUGUCCUCCACAAAUCAGCCAAGCUUUUUGAGUCCCAAGGAUGUGAUUGAAGACAAGAAAGAGGAAGUGUCACCAACCCAAUUGUUGGAGGAUGGGAUUUGUAGUGAUGACAGUUCGGUGAACAAAUAGGUUAGUCUAUGAAAUAUGAGUAUUAGAAUAUUAAGAAAAUGGUAAGUGAAAACUUCCUUAUAAUUCCUCAUCUUGAUUCAGUUUUGCAGUAGUGUUGCAAGAAUGCACUAUUUAAUAGUGGGAUCAAGAUUCUAAAAUAAGAUUCUAGUCUUGUUUUAAUUUCUUGAAGUAAUGAUUUUAUGAAGCUUAAAACUUUUCAUA